AUGUCAUCCAUAUCCAAACGAUGUAUUCGUCCUCUGCUCAACUAUUCUCAGUAUAUUAAAUAUUUCCGACGAUUUGUUGUGACUGUCACUGAUGAGUAUCGGCCAGCAAUAAAAACUCGUUCAUCGAUUAAAGGCAUCGAACUAUUACGAAAUCCAUCACUAAACAAAGGUAUGGCAUUUACGAUCGAAGAAAGGCAAAAUAUGGGUAUACAUGGCUUGCUACCACCAGCAGUACUUUCGCAAGAUAUUCAAGCUCUCCGUGUAAUGACGAAUUUACAUCGUGCGCAAAAUGAUUUCGAUCGUUACAAUGAAUUGAUGAAUCUAUGCGAAAGAAAUGAAAAAUUGUUCUAUCGAGUUAUUGCUGAUAACCUCGAACUACUUUUACCGAUUGUUUACACACCAACAGUCGGCCUCGUCUGUCAAAAAUAUGGUUUAAUAUUUAAGCGGCCAAGAGGUUUAUUUAUCACUAUACAUGACAAAGGUCAUAUAUACGAUAUUCUAUGCAAUUGGACAGAGGAACAAGUGAAAGCUAUUGUUGUGACUGAUGGGGGACGAAUUUUAGGUUUAGGAGAUCUUGGUGCGUUUGGAAUGGGAAUUCCGAUUGGUAAACUACAAUUAUAUACAGCGAUUGCUGGAAUACCUCCACAAAAUUGUCUACCGAUCAUGCUAGAUGUCGGUACAAAUAAUGAGGAAGUUUCGACAAAUCCUCUCUAUAUCGGUUUAAGACAACAACGUGUCAGAGGGAAAGAGUAUGAUGAAUUCAUUGAUGAAUUCAUGGCAGCAGUUGUCCAUCGUUUCGGAUGGAAUUGUCUUAUACAGUUUGAAGACUUUGCUAGUGAUAAUGCUUAUCGACUAUUGGAAAGGUAUCAAAAACGCUAUUGUACAUUUAAUGACGACAUUCAAGGUACUGCUGCUGUUGUUCUUGCUGGUCUUAUUGCUGCACUUCGGAUCACCGGUACCAAACUAUCUGAAAACACUUAUCUCUUUGUCGGUGCAGGUCAAGCAGCUUGUGGUAUAGCAGAUCUAGUAACACAUGCGAUGAUACGUGAAGGGGCGUCUCCCGAAGAGGCAAGAAGUAAAAUUUGGAUGUACGACGUACAUGGUCUCAUUGUUCAAGGUCGACUACAAGGUGAUUUAGACGGUCCUAAAGCGUCUUAUGUCAAGAAAGGAAAAGCAAUUAAAGAUCUUUCAUCAGUAAUUGACUACGUCAAGCCAACAGUGCUGAUGGGUGCUAGUGGUGUUGGACGUCUUUUCCAUGAUGGUGUUCUGAAAAAAAUGGCUCAAGCUAACGAACGUCCAAUUAUUUUCGCUCUAUCGAAUCCUACCAGUCGAGCUGAAUGUACGGCCGAAGAAGCUUACCGUGAAACUGACGGUCGAUGCAUCUUUGCAUCGGGUAGUCCAUUCAAGCCGGUGGUUUAUAAAGACAAAACAUUCCAUCCAGGGCAAGGAAAUAAUGCUUACAUAUUUCCAGCAAUUGCGCUAGCAACAAUUGCAUGUUCUGCUCGUCAUGUUGAGGAAGAUAUGUUUUUAAUUGCUGCUCAACAACUCGGCUCAUUAGUCAGCGAAAAAGACCUCGAAUCCGGUCGUGUUUAUCCACCUGUGCCCAGCAUUCAUGAUGUGACAGUCAAAAUAGCUGCUCAUUUAGUCGAACAUCUUUACAAAACAAAACGAGCAUGGAACUAUCCAGAACCAAAUGAUAAAGAAGAAUUCAUACGUAUGCAAUUAUAUGACACAUCGUAUCCAUAUUUUGGCCCUUCGGCAUGGAAUUGGCCUGAACCGCAUGAUAAGGCUCGAUGCAUUCCAUCUAUUGAUGAUAAUAUUUCUCUUGGUUCUUAA